AUGCGUCGAUUUCGCGCCUUUAGUUCCUCCACCCGCUUCUUCUCCGCAGACCCGCCCGCCAGCACCGUGGCGGCAUUAUUCCUCUCCAAAUUCCAGUCUUCCGGCCCUCAAUCCCGAACACAAUCUCUCGACGCAAACCAGCUACAUCUUCUCUCACAAACACUUGGCCGUUCAUCGGAUGGAGACGCCAGCUCGUCCUCAGUCAUAGAUGUGUCUGGCAGCCCCUCUAUCGGCACCCCAGUACCUCCCGGCUACCAUCUCGUUUACUUCACGCCGGGAUUCGUCGAAGAUGAGCUCGGCGCAGACGGUACUGAUGUAUCGUAUAAUCCCCAGUCACCAUUUACGCGGCGCAUGUGGGCCGGCGGGGAGGUUGUGUGGCCGCGAGACGCGAGGGGCAGGCCGAACCCGCUGCGCGUGGGACAGCAGGUUCGCGAGAGGACGCGUGUGCUUAGCGCUGAACCAAAAAUCGUGAAAAAGACAGGCGAGGAGAUGAUUGUUGUUGGUGUGGAGAAGGAGUUUUCGAAUGAGGAAGGGGUGGCGGUACUGGACCGGAGGAAUUGGGUCUUUCGAAAGGCUCUCCCAGUACCAAAUCCUUCAAUGUCUACGCCUUCAACUUCUCUGCCUCCAUCAACGUCACAUUUAUCCCGUGCUUCGGCAUCAGCCAUCUUAUCUGAGGACAACACCCAUUCGAGGACCUUUGUCCAGUCCCCCGUGACAUUGUUUCGAUUCUCAGCAUUGACGUUCAAUCCGCACAAGAUCCACUAUUCGCUCCCAUGGGCACGAGACGUGGAAGGCCACAGAGACGUGGUGGUUCACGGACCUCUGAACUUGAUCUUGAUGCUGGACUUGUGGCGGGACGUGCAGAGUCGGAAGAAUGACUACGUCGGGGAGAAGGGGAUUUUGCCGAGAAGUAUUUCAUAUCGAGCGACGAGUCCACUAUAUGCGGGGGACAGGUACGACGUUGUCUUGCAGGAUGAGUUGGACGUUGCUCGUCUGCAGAUUUUGGGUCCUGGCGGUGUUGUUGCCAUGAAGGCUGAGAUACAGGGGUGA